AUGGCCUCGCUUCCCACCAUAUCCAUCGCCAGCAUAACUACAGGCUUUAUCUCGUUUUUCUUCACCAUACUCACCUGGCUUGGCGUGUACGUUGGUCUCCUCAAAACACUUCGAUCAGCUCCUAAAGACAUCCCGCUUACACUCAGCAAUCUUCGCCAAGAGAUACAAUCUGAACGUGCUAUGUUACGUGAGCGUCUGAAAGAAGGAGACCGGUAUCAUGUCUUCCCAGGACGACAGAUGCGACGGGUUGGAAAGAACGAAAGUCAUGUUGGACUUCUUGAUACGACGUUGAAGCAAACAUGGAAGAAUUUCCGUGAGCUGGAAAAGGCUUUCAUCACGCAAGGUCAUGGCGUCGAUGGAGACGAGGACGUGGAGGGCGAGGUCAGAAGCAACGAUGGCAAUAGUCAAUUUAGUGAUGUAGAGCGGAAAUAUGAGGGUGAAAAGUCUGGACAUGCUUCCUCGCUUCCACCAGCGACCAGAAGAGCACGGGAUAGAGCACGUAUGAGAAGGCGAGAGUCGCAUGUCACGAACCGCAUGGGUAUGUGGGAGGCAGGCCUGAGCCUUGACCGGACGACGUACUAUAACACUGAUCUGUGGCAUAGAGUUGUCUGGUGGUGGAGGCGAGAUGACAUCAACUCCUUGAACGAGUCUGUGCAACGUCUGCAGAUCAGGCGCAUUGAGUGGGAUAUGCUGGAGACCAACGCCUUGGUCAGAAGAGGUCUUGCCAUGAUUGGCAGUAUGAGUGGAGAGGAUCCAUAUCAUGACUGUGGAGAGCGCAAAGGACCUCAGGGAAAGGGUCCGAACGGUGGCAGUAGCGUCAGAACGCGACGAAGCCAAGGAGUUUCGAGGAAUGGUCGAGCCGGGAAUAGAAGUAGAGAGCUGAGUAGGAACGGGUUCAGGGAGAUAUAUGAGAAAGAAAUCCGUAGGACCAGAAGACGUUCAGCUUCUGCGAGUUCUGAAAGUCCUUCACCAACUCAAACACCCUCUCCCAUGGCAAAGGUCGCUGGCAGUAUAACCAGGACGAGAAGUCAAGCUGGACCAAGAAGGCAGAGUCGAGCGCUGUCUGUCGUCGAAUAUGAGGUCGUCAAUCCUGGUCCCCGGGCACGGGGCGAGAAGCUCGACAGCGAGAGACAGCCGGCCGCGCUCGGCCCAUGUAAUGAGCUAUACCAGAGAGCGUCCAGAUUCCGAGAAAAGCAGUCAGAAUUAAAAGAGAACAAGCUAGAAGCCAUCCAGGAACCAACGACACUCGAAGACGUAGAAAUGAAGGUCAAAGAAGUCGGCACGUAUGAAGAAGGAGCCCUCACAUUUGAUGCUAGCCUAUGGGGAAUUUACUGGAAGCGGGCGUCCACCAAGUUGUUGCUACUGUCGUCACUCUUGUGGUCGUUGUGCUUGCGGGGAUCGUGGCCGUUGUCGUGA